GCGGCGGAGGCUCCGGCGCGGAAAGCGGGGACCCUGAGCGGUACAGAGCGGCGGCUGGAGAGGGCUAGGAGCGCGGCGCAGGGGAUUCGACUCGGGCUGCGGGCUCUGCUCGGUGGGGAGGGAGCGGGCCCGCCAGCUUGGCCCAGGCCCUCCGGAUCCGCCCCCUCCCCGGUCCCGCCCCCUCGGAGCUUCCUCUAGCUGCUCUGGAGCUGCUCCGGGGCCCGGGGCCCACGGUCCGGGCGCCAUGCGGGCAUCGCUACUACUGUCGGUGCUGCGGCCCGCAGGGCCCGUGGCCGUGGGCAUCUCCCUGGGCUUCACUCUGAGCCUGCUCAGCGUCACUUGGGUGGAAGAGCCGUGCGGCCCAGGGCCGCCCCAACCCGGAGAUUCUGAGCUACCGCCGCGCGGCAACACCAACGCGGCGCGCCGGCCCAACUCAGUGCAGCCCGGAGCCGAGCGCGAGAAGCCCGGGGCCAGCGCAGGCGCUGGGGAGAACUGGGAGCCGCGUGUGUUGCCCUACCACCCUGCACAGCCUGGCCAAGCCGCCAAAAAGGCCGUCAGGACUCGCUACAUCAGCACGGAGCUGGGCAUCAGGCAGAGGCUGCUCGUGGCAGUGCUGACCUCACAGGCCACGUUGCCCACGCUGGGCGUGGCCGUGAAUCGCACUCUGGGGCACCGGCUAGAGCGUGUGGUGUUCCUGACAGGCUCGCGGGGCCGCCGGGCACCACAGGGCAUGGCUGUGGUGACACUGGGCGAGGAGCGACCCAUCGGGCACCUGCACCUGGCACUGCGCCACCUGCUGGAGCAGCACGGCGACGACUUUGACUGGUUCUUUCUAGUACCUGAUGCCACCUACACCGAGGCUCACGGGUUGGCGCGCCUAGCUGGCCGCCUCAGCCUGGCAGCCGCUGCCCACCUCUAUCUGGGUCGGCCCCAGGACUUCAUCGGUGGAGAUCCCGCCCCAGGCCGCUACUGCCACGGAGGCUUUGGGGUGCUGUUGUCGCGCACGCUGCUGCAGCAGCUGCGCCCCCACCUGGAAGGCUGCCGCAAUGACAUCGUCAGUGCACGUCCGGAUGAGUGGCUGGGACGCUGCAUCCUGGAUGCCACUGGGGUGGGCUGCACAAGCGACCACGAGGCAGUACACUACAGCUAUCUGGAGCUGAGCCCUGGGGAGCCUGUGCAGGAGGGGGACCCUCGUUUCCGCAGCGCCCUGACAGCCCAUCCUGUGCGUGACCCUGUGCACAUGUACCAGCUGCACAAGGCUUUUGCCCGAGCUGAGCUGGAACGCACAUACCAGGAGAUCCAGGAGUUGCAGUGGGAGAUUCAGAACACUAGCCGUCUGGCAGCUGAUGGGGAGCGGGCAGCCGCCUGGCCCAUAGGCAUUCCAGCACCAUCCCUUCCAGCCUCCCGCUUUGAGGUACUACGCUGGGACUAUUUCACUGAGCAGCAUGCUUUCUCCUGUGCCGAUGGCUCACCCCGCUGCCCGCUGCGUGGGGCUGACCGGGCUGACGUGGCUGACAUUCUGGGGGCAGCCUUGGAAGAGCUCAACCGCCGCUACCACCCAGCCUUGCGGCUCCAGAAGCAGCAGCUGGUUAAUGGCUACCGACGCUUUGAUCCUGCCCGGGGUAUGGAGUACACACUGGACUUGCAGCUGGAGGCGCUGACCCCCCAGGGCGGCCGCUGGCCCUUCACCCACCGGGUACAGCUGCUACGGCCACUGAGCCGCGUGGAGAUCUUGCCUGUGCCCUAUGUCACCGAAGCCUCACGUCUCACCAUAUUACUUCCUCUGGCUGCGGCUGAGCGUGACCUGGCCCCUGGCUUCCUGGAGGCCUUUGCCUCGGCAGCACUGGAGCCUGGCGAUGCUGCAGCGGCCCUGACCCUGCUGCUACUGUAUGAGCCACGACAGGCCCAGCGGGCAGCCCAUGCAGAUGUCUUUGCACCUGUCAAGGCCCACGUGGCAGAGCUGGAGCGGCGUUUCCCCGGUGCCCGGGUGCCCUGGCUCAGUGUGCAGACAGCUGCCCCCUCACCACUGCGCCUCAUGGAUCUGCUCUCCAAGAAGCACCCGCUGGACACGCUGUUCCUGCUGGCGGGGCCAGACACAGUGCUCACGCCUGACUUCCUGAACCGCUGCCGCAUGCAUGCCAUCGCUGGCUGGCAGGCCUUCUUUCCCAUGCACUUCCAGGCGUUCCACCCGGCCGUGGCCCCACCACAGGGCCCGGGGCCCCCGGAGUUGGGCCGAGACACGGGCCGCUUUGAUCGCCAGGCAGCCAGUGAGGCCUGCUUCUACAACUCCGACUACGUGGCGGCCCGCGGGCAGCUGGCGGCUGCCUUGGAGCAGGAGGAGGAGCUCCUAGAGAUCAUGGAUGUGUAUGAGCUGUUCCUGCGCUUCUCUGGCCUGCAUGUGCUGCGGGCAGUGGAACCAGCACUGCUGCAGCGCUACCGGGCCCAGACGUGCAGUGCCCGGCUCAGCGAGGACCUGUACCAUCGCUGUCGCCAGAGCACGCUUGAGGGCCUGGGCUCCCGCACGCAGCUCGCCAUGCUGCUCUUUGAGCAGGAGCAGGGCAAUAGCACCUAACCCCACCCUGCACCUCUGAACCCUGGCCUAGUGGCACUUCUCCCCCAACCGCCUGGAGCCACCUGCCAGCCUCUCUGGACAGGGCUGGCCACCGCCUCAGACCCCAGGACAGCCCACUGGCCCCCUUGCUCUGGCUUUGUGGGUCCUCAGGCUCAGGACAAACCCUGGGGAAGGUGCCCUCAGAGCCACCUCUUUCUGCCCCAAACCCGGUCUCCUUGCCCCCUGACGCUGCUGAUUCAAGCUAUGGCCUCGGUAUUUAUGCAGCACACUCUGCCUGACGCCAGCCCUGCCUCUAGGGUUCUAGGGUUCGAGUCCUGGGGGCUGGGCUGUAGAUGAGUUGUUGGGAGAGGGAGGAGCUGAGAGAAGAAGACGGGGUGUCUCCCAGCUUCUCCCUUCUGGGGCCCUGGGGAAGCUCCCUGCCUUUAAUAAACUGGCUGAGUGUGGACUGGUGA